AUUUCAGUACUGUUCUUCAAAAUGACGCAGAUGUUAUUUUAUCUUUUGCUGUUUUCUCUUCCAACAUUAAUAUCAGCACAUUUUAUGAUAGCAGAAUCAGAAGACCCUGUGGUUGGGUCUGGAAGUCUUUCAACAAGCCUUCAGCCGUUAAAAGUGUUACUGAAGAAAAGAAGCAUAAGGAGACCGAUAUACAAAGAUCGUGGAGAUGUUGAAGUCUAUAGCUUGAAGAUUGAUUCAAAAGUUACAUCUCGAUUUGCUCACAAUGUCAUAACAAGUCGAGUUAUAAACCGGGCAUCUAGAUCCAGGGAGGCACUCUUCGAAGUUGAACUGCCCAGGACUGCUUUCAUCACUAACUUUACCAUGACAAUAAAUGGUGUAUUAUACACUGGAGAAGUAAAGGAGAAAGAGGCUGCGCAGCAGCAGUAUGCAGCAACAGUUUCCCGGGGAGAGACAGCAGGUUUGGUAAAAGCAUCAGGAAGGAAAACAGAAAAGUUUAAGGUGUCAAUAAACAUUGCACCAACCAAAAAAAUUGUGUUUGAACUAACUUAUGAAGAACUAUUACAACGCAAGUUGGGGAAAUACGAGAUGGUUAUCAAAAUAAAGCCUAUGCAGCUUGUCAAUCAUUUUCAGAUUGAUGCCCAUAUUUUUGAACCAAAGGGUAUUGCUUUCCUUAAUGCUCAUGCAACAUUUUUAACGGAACAAUUAGAAAAUGCAUUGAUAAAAAACAUAACUGAAACAAAGGCACAUGUUUCCUUCAAACCAACCCUGGAACAACAGCGCAGAUGUCCUGACUGUGGUGAAACGUUGUUGGAUGGAGACUUCAUCUUACAGUAUGAUGUCAAUAGAGACCUGUCUAGUGAUGACAUACAGAUUGUAAAUGGAUACUUUGUCCAUCAUUUUGCACCUACAAAUCUUCCAAGAGUGCCUAAAAAUGUCGUCUUCGUGAUAGAUCGCAGUUUCUCCAUGCGUGGCCUCAAAUUUACGCAGACAAAGAUUGCAUUUUUUAGAAUCUUGGGAGAUAUGGAUGUAAAGGAUCAUUUUACUUUAAUCGUUUUUGACUCCACUAUUGAAACAUGGAGAGAUUCCUUUGUUCAGGCAACACCAGAAAAUGUACUGCAAGCAAAAAAAUACAUCCUCUACUUGCAGCUGGGGGCAGAAACAAAUAUCAAUGAUUCUCUGCUCCUUGCUGUAACUCUUCUGGACACAGCUCACAAGCAAAAGCAACUGCCUGAAAAAAGUGUGUCCAUGAUAAUUCUCUUAACUGAUGGUGAUCCAAGUGUAGGUGAAAUAGACCCAGCAAAAAUCCAAAUCAAUGUCAAAAAUGCCAUAAGGGACAGGUACAGCUUGUACUGCCUUGGUUUUGGUUUUGACGUUGAUUACAAUUUUCUGGAGAAAAUAGCACUGGAUAAUGAUGGCGUGGCCAGAGUUAUUUAUGCUGAUUCAGAUGCAGCUUUACAGCUCCAGGGUUUUUAUUACGAAGUCGCAAAUCCUUUGCUUUUGGACGUUGAGCUGCUCUAUUUGGAGAAUGCAAUUUCAGAACUAACAGAGGCAAACUUUAGACAAUAUUAUGGUGGAUCUGAAAUUGUGGUAGCUGGCAAAAUAUCUGACAACAGUCUGGAUGAAUUUGUGGUACAAAUUACAGCACAAACUGUGAACAGUAAUUUAUCUCUUGAAGGCAGAGUCAACGUUUCAGAGGCAGAGACCAUUCUUGAACAUCAGCGAUAUGUUUUUGGUGACUUCACUGAGAGAUUGUGGGCUUACUUGACAAUUCAACAGCUCCUCAAACAAAGAGUUUCAGCAGAGUCAAGAGAAAAGAAAAUACUAACAGACAGAGCCUUAGAACUUUCAUUGAAGUAUAACUUUGUAACGCCACUCACAUCAAUGGUUGUGACUAAACCAAAGGAGAACAAAGUGGAUAGAAUCCUCAUGGCUAACAAAGUCUCAGGAAAUGGAAAAGUGAUGACAGCACAAAGGCUUCAGCGAUCAUCCCUUUUCUUAGGAGGUCAUAUGUGUGACAUUGAACACAAGGGGACCAAGCAACAUGGCAACGCAGAUGGUUUGUUAUGUUUAUCACUGCCGACUUCAGAGGUAACUACACAAGUGGACGCAACAGAGGUCUUUCACACAACGAUAGUUGAACAAUUACCAGUGACGAACUGCCUAAUUGAAAGAGAAACACGCAGUGACCCUACGUUGUCAAAAGUGUAUGACAUCACAGUAAAGGGAUGGCCAGCGUGUGGUAACACACUGUUUCCAGCCUUCUCAGCGAGGAAGGAGCAGUUGUCAGUGUGUCGGGAAACACUAAUGUGUAGUUCACGAGUCGUGAUUCCUCCCAAGCUAUGCACCAGAGUGCUGGAGGAACUGCUCAAGGGAAACCUGGGUACUGUGAAAAUGAAAAGUCUUGCCCAUGCCUAAGUGUGGUGGCCAGGAAUCCAUAAACAAAUUGAGGACUUGACCAAGAAUUGCUCUGGAUGUCAAAAGAUCCAGAACACACCAGCACAAGCCCCUCUCCAUCCAUGGGAGUGGCCCUCAUCACCAUGGUAACAAGUGUACAUCGACUUUGCUGGACUAUUCAUGGACUCUAUCUUUUUAAUCGCCAUCGAUGCACAUUCCAAAUGGCCAGAUGUCAUCAAAAUGAGGACAAACACAUGGGAAAGAAUGUCCCUUAAGGAAACGAUGCUGACUUUGUCCUAUCUUGUCCUAUGUCACCGAGUACUCCAUAACCUCAUCUUUAACAAUUGACUCCAGCAUCUUCCCAACCACUGAGGCUAACUGGUCUAUAAUUUCCUUUCUGCUACCUUCCUCCUUUCUUAGAGAGUGAAGCAACAUUUGCAAUUUUCCAGUCCUCUGGCACCAUGCUAGAGUCCAAUGGUUUUUGAAAGGUUAUUUCUAAUGGCACCACAAUCUCUACUGCUACCUCUUUCAGAACUCUAGGGUGCAGUUCAUCUGGUCCGGGUGACUUAGGUACCCUCAGGUCGUUCAGCUUUUUGAGCACAUUCUCUAUUCACUACUCCUCCCUCACACCCUUCAACAUCUGGCAGACUUGUAGUGUCUUCUACAGUGAAGACUGAUGCAAAAUACUCACUUAGUUCAUCUGCCAUCUCCUUGUCCAUCAUUUUUAUUUCUCUGCCCUCAUUUGCUAAUGAUUCUAUAUCCACUCUCUCGUUACUUUUUACUUACUUGAAAAAGCUAUUACUAUCCACUUUGAUAUUGUUUGCUAGCUUGCUUUCAUAUUUCAUCUUUUCCACCCUAAUGAUCCUUUUAGUUGCUUUCUGUAGGUUCUUAAAAGCUUCCCAAUCCUCUAUCAUCCCACUAAUUUUUACUUUGUUGUAUGCCCUCUCUUUUGCUUUUACAAUAGCUUUGACUUCCCUUGUCUGCCACGGUUGUACUAUUUUGCUAUUUGAGUAUUUCUUCAUUUUUUGAAUACAUCUAUCCUGCACCUUCCUCAUUUUCCCCAGAAACUCACACCAUUGCUGCUCUGCUGUCAUCCCUGCCAGCAUCUCCUUUCAAUUUACUUUGGCCAUCUCCUCUCUCACACCACUGUAAUUUCCUUUACUGCACUGAAACACUGCUUCAUCAGACUUCACUUUCUCCCUGUCAAAUUUCAAGUUGAACUCAAUCAUAUUGUGAUCACUAAGGGUUCUUUUACCUUAAGCUCCCUUAUCACCUCUAAUUCAUUACAUUCCACCCAAUCCAGUUUAGUUGAUCCCUAGUAGGUUCAAUGACAAACUGCUCUAUAAAGCCACCUGAUAGGCAAUCAACAAAUACACUCUCUUGAGAUCUAUUACCGAUCCGAUUUUCCCAAUUGACUUGCAUGUUGAAAUCUCCCAUGACUAUUGUAACAUUGCCCUUUUAACACAUGUUUUCUCUUUCCCAUUGUAAUCUGUGGUCCACAUCCCAGCUGCUGUUGGGAGGCUUUUAUAUAACUGCCAUCAGGGUCCUUUUACCCUUGCAUUUUCUUAGCUCAACCCACAAGCAUUCAACAUCUUCUGAUCCUAUGUCACAUCUUUCUGCUGAUUUGAUGCCAUUCUUUACCAGCAGAGCCAGGCCACCUAGUCUGUCUACCUUCCUGUCCAUCAUAUACAAAGUGUAACCUUGGGCAUUCUGCUCCCAACUGCAGCCACAAUUCAGUGAUGGCCACAACAUCAUACCUGCCAAUCUGCAAUAGCGCAACAAGAUCAUCUACUUCUUAUAUUCCGUACAUUGAGUUAUAACUCUUUGAGUACUGUAUUGCUACCUUUUUUGAUUCAGCAUCCCUAAUGCACUGAUACUCACACUGCUAGCUGCAAUUUUGUCCCAUCAUCUACCUGCCCUACCUGACAGUCUGACUGCAUGACCUGUGCUUUUUUACCAUCCACCCUUUCCUGAGCUCCUUCACUCUGGUUCCGGUUAUCUUCUGGUCUUCUGGACCCCACCAUCAAGGCAAAAUCUCCUGUCGCUACUCUCAUCAGGAAGAAGGUACAGGAGCUCAGGAUACACACCACCAGAUUCAGGAACACUUAUUAUGUGUCAACCAACAGGCUCUUAAACCAGAGCAGAUAACUUCACUCAAUAUUGCUACACUGU